GAAUCAGCUGGAAGUCAAGAUAAAAGGUGGGAAAGAAGGCAAUAACUUCAAAAUCUUCGCGAUCAAUAAAUAAAGUGGGUCUGGGUGAGCAAAAAGAUGGGCAGGAAAUCCAAGAAGGCAAUCCCAAGAGAUCCACAAACCCAGAAGGCCAUCAAAAGCGAACCUUGUGAGUUCAAUAAAAAACAUAGCGACGGACAGUGCGCUGUUUUCAUUAAAUCAGAAGAUCCCGCUGAAGACCCUUAUCCGCAAACUGAGUUCUAUGAAGUGGUCAUGCUGGAUGCAGAUUCGGUUAAGGAGGAGUAUGCCCCGGAAGAUCAGGAUGAAAAGGACCACGAACCAGAGGAGCAGGAGAUAAGCUAUCAUUUGGCAGGGCCCCCAAAACUCUGCUCAAAAUGCUUGCAGGGAUUUCCCAUCGAAGAGUUCGCCAGCCAUGACUGCCUAGCAGUGAAUGAUCCCCAAUCGGAGGAUGAGAUCAGCUACCAUUUGGUCGGCCCACCAAAAAUGUGCUCUACAUGCUUGGAGGCCUUCCCCAUCGAAGAGUUUCCCAACCACAGCUGCAGGGACAUCAACGCAGACAAAUAUCCCUGCAAAAUAUGCCCGAGGAAGUUUCGAUACAAAUCUCUGCUAGUUGUGCACCUAAAAAGCCACCUUAGACUGCAAAAGGGAGAGAGAAUCCCGGAACUGGAGGCAACUGAACCAGAGAAAACGAAAACUGAAAAGGCCAAACAUAACUUGGAGUUCAACUACUCACCAACACCGCGGUGGAAGUUGUCUCGGCGGAGAGCAGAGAUGAUGAAGCGCAGCGAAUUGCGCGUAAAGCAGAAACUAUGCCACUAUUGCCCCAUAGCCUUCUCCAACGAAUCCCACCUGGAGAAGCACCUGAGGGAUCACCAUGGUGAUCUCAAUAGCUCCACCGAGCUAAUCAUACCAGAUGCGAAUUUUGACAGCACAGAUCUUACCUGCGUCAAGUUAGAGAAUGAGGAAACGGCAUAAAACAGAAAGGUAUCUCUAAUAGUCAAUUAUAAAUGACUACAUAAGCUAUUAAUUAACAUUUAUAGUUAUCUAUAUCCUACUCUCCACUAGCUUUCAUAGCUUUAUAUAAAAAACGGCUAGCCUUAAACUUUAGUUUUUAUAGUAGUUCAAGAUUUUUCACUUUUUUUAUGUAUUUCUAAUUCAUAAAAAGAAAUAAAAUAAUGUCAGGUAAAUUAUAUUUAUAAGGUUUUAAGUUCCAUAAUAAGUUAAAACGUAAAUUAAGCGGAAGGCAAUUGAAGAAAUGUAU